AUGCCGCUCUGGCGCGUCUUCUCGCAUCCAUCAACCUUCACGCCUGCCCAGCGCGAGGCUCUCUCUACCGACAUCACCAGCAUAUAUACUCGAGGCGGCCUGCCUGCGUUCUACGUCAAUGUCAUCUUCAUAGAUGUGCCAGAGACUGCUGUUUACGUCGGAGGCAAACCUCGGACGAACUUCGUCAGGUUCGUGGUCGAGCACAUAGCCAGGAACUUCCAAAGCACCGAGCAUAUGAAAGGGUUUAUGGAUCGUGCCGAAGCUAAAUUGAAGCCGUACGUUGCCGAUCGUGGGAAUCUGGAUUGGGAGAUCCACGUCUCGGAGACUCCAAGACCUCUCUGGCGUAUACAGGGCUUAGAACCGCCGCCGGCGAAUUCUGAGGCAGAGAAGGAAUGGUUCAUGAAGGACCGAGCUCUCCAGUGGAAGCUGUAG